AUGAAGAGACGGCGCCGGGUUCUCGAAAACCUAAGAUCUGCUGAUUGGUGGGUGUGGGAAAUUCUCAGCCUUGUUGUGUCCGCGGGCGCGCUUGUUACCAUUGUGCUUCUCCUAUCGUCGCUGAACGACAAACCGCAACCCUCGUGGGCAUCUGCCGGUACACACUGCUUCUCUGAGCCUGGAAUCGCCGAUAUCGUAUGUCGUCAAAGUGGCAUCUCGGUCAACUCGGUUGUGUCUUGGCUGGGUACGCUUGCUCGACUUUGUCUUCUUGUUCCGCUUGCAAACUGCCUUGGUCAGCUGAAAUGGACGUGGUUCGGCAGCAGAGAGCGGUCUCUGGCUGAUCUAGACGCUUUCGAUGCGGCAUCAAGAGGUUUGACUGGCAGUUUGCAGCUGAUCUGGAAGCUAAAGGCUCGAUACAUUGCUACACUCGGAGCCACUGGCAUCAUACUAAGUGUUGCUUUCGAUCCCUUUGUACAAAACUUAGUUGGGUAUUAUACGAUGGAUGUCGUCGACCUCUCAGGACUAGCCUUUGUCGCCAACACUUCCGUGUAUCACAGCGAAGGCUACGUAACCAACAACUACACAAUGAACGGGAAGGGUUGGACGGGCGACGAACCGAAAUAUGUCGCGUCUAGCUGCACGCUACAGCCGUGCAUCAAAAGCAUCAAGUCCGACUACGACCAAUCUGCCGAACCACCCUAUCGCGAGGAGAUUCUCAAAACAUGGUACCUGGAUCCCAGCCUAGAUGUUUGGCACCCAGCGGGUGAACUUCAAGCGCCUGUCGAGCCCGAGUACGGGGUAAAUGGCGAAAACUUCACAAUCGAAGCUGUGACCGCCUCGAGCAUUUUCUACUUCAUCGACACAUUCAGCGGCGUAUACGCAAAACAUGGCGGUUUAGAUAACACUUUCGCGAGCGAUGACAUGCCAGACUCGUCUCAGCCUGACGAGAUCAUCUUUGCGCUCUGGAAUGGAAAUUACACAGAGUGCGAGUACCCCGACAAUCGCAUCUCGUGCGGCCUCGAUCUAGCUGCAAGAGCCAUGUCAAAGACCAUGCGAGACUCGCCAUACGACGUGAACGGGACGCAAGGAGCUGUCGGACACGCUUACUCGCCAAUCGUGCAUAUACAUGUGACUUGGAUAUGGAUCACGUUGCCGGCGUGUACGUGGGUCCUCGCUCUCGUUACUUUCCUUGCGACGGCUUGGAAAUCGAGUCAGAGGACUGAGCAUGUGUGGAGGAAUAGCACGCUGCCGAUAUUGUUCAUGAUACUAGAGGAAGAAACGGUAGAGCAGGGCGAGAGGGAUACUGAUGUGAAAGCGCUGCAGCAAAGAGCGACAGCAAUCAAGGGAAAGGUGCAGAUCGAGGAUGGACUAGUUAAGUUUGCGAGUUGA